AUGACGAUCACCAGCCUGGUGAUGCAAAACCGCCGGGGCCAAGCCUCCGCCAAGCGCCCGCUUCGACUCCCUAUCAUCGCCCCCAAGGAGGAGCUCGUGGAGGGAAAACCUGAGCAGGGUCUGAUUGCGCCCCCGCGCAUUCGUUUGCCUCCCAGAUCGCGCACCGGUUGCUGGACGUGUCGGAGUCGCAAAGUCAAAUGUGAUGAGGGACACCCGCAAUGCAAUCAAUGUACUCGACUCGGCCAUAUCUGCGACUACCGACCGCGUCUGGCUUUUCGCGAUGAUACCCCUCGGAUCAUGGGUCGGAUGGCCGAUGUGAAGACCCAAGGAAACAUAGUCUGGGAUCUUUCUUCGCCCACUCCGAGCGAGAAGUCCGAGUACUUUUCCUCCCGGGAUGCCCUUCCUGCCUUUUCUCUCCUCACGUCCGAUGAGGAGCGAGAAAGAAAGGCGGAGGCUUCCAGCCCCGGCACGUACCAUGUAGUCGUGAUCCCGGACAGCUUCUCUACUCUGCCGGAGUACGUGGACGAUGCGUCGGAUAAGUCCAGAUCCGAAGCUAGUGGCUCGGUAGCCAACAGUCCCAUGAGCAGAUCCAAGGCCGAGAGUGACGCCGGCACUGAUCCCAAUGUCGUGAUCUUGAAGACCUUCGAGGAUGUGACUCGACGGUCAUCCUCCAAUGGCCGAACGCCCAGAGCCUCACCUACAUCCGAGAUUGCGGAUCCCUUUGGCUCCCUCUCCUUGGAUCCCAUCCUCGCUUCUCUCCCCUCUUCCAUCAAAUUCGAAGAUGAUAUGUCCUUCUUGGACCCGUAUAUUGAGCAGCACAGCCAGGACACGGCGCUGUUUGCUCACUUCCGGCACGUUGUCUGGAAGCAGUUGUUCCCUCAUGAUCGGGGCCAGGACGACUCGUUCGGGCUCGAGAGCAGUGGCAUGACUUUGAGCGCGGAUUUCCUUGAGCGAGAAGCCGCUCAUUUCCCUCCCCUUUCCGAUGCCAUCAUGGCUGUCUCGGCGCUCAGUCUUUCACACAGCGGUACCGGGCAGAACGUCGAUGCGCUGCAGUACUACCAGCAGGCUUUCCCUUCGCUUCAAACCAGCCUCCGCAACAACGAUGAUCUCGUUUCCGAUGGACUUUUCCUCACCCACUUCCUCCUUCUCAUCUACGAGGUUGCGGCUGCCGAGCCCCAUGGCUCCAACCUCUGGUCUCACCAUAUCUCUCGCCUACUCCACAUUGCCUUCCUCCGCCGGUCAAAGUUUGGCCGUGAACCACAUCCCUUUAUUCUCUGGUGGAUCUGCCACAUCGAUCUAUACGCUUUGUUGAGUGGAGCAGGCACGGGUGAAUUCGUGCGAGCUGUCAUUGACCAUCAGAUGCUUCCCACAUCUGAGUGUCUUCUCUAUCCCUCUGUUCCCGAAGGCCACAGUAUGAUCUAUCCCGAAGAGCACGACAGCUUGCCGGUGAUGAUGCGUCUGUACGCCGAUACCUUUACCCUGGCUGCUCAGCUCGGGUUCCUCGCAGCUCAGCUUCGCCGGGAUAAGCAGUCUCGGCCCUCUGAGUUUGAUCAGCGGCCAAAGGAUAUUAGCAAUCUGCGGCAGGCUUUUGCAAGGCUUUGGGAGGCUCCCGACGUGACUUACUGGUCUCAACAUCAAGACACCCUCCCUCGGCGAUCCAAGGAAAUCUUGCAGCAGUCGGCCACUCUAUUCCAUUCCUCCCAACUGUUCUCAUACAGUAGUAUGUGGCCUGGUCAACGUCACGAGUCAGAAUACACGCCUGACGGAGAGAUCGAUUACCAUGCCGGGGAGAUUUUGCGCAUUGCCGAACAGACGACGAGCACCCGACGAGCGGACCGACAUUUCCUUGUCUUCCCACUUUUCCUGGCGGGUGCGACAGCCUCGGCCAGUGGCCUCAAGAUGAUGGCCAUGGAACUGAUGACGAGUAUGGAGGAUGAGGAGGAUGGCAUGGGGCGCAAUGCAGCGACCACACGGGCCAUCCUGCAGACGGUCUACGAGCGACAGCUUGAACGCCUGAUGCGGGUCGGCCACACGAUGGAUGUGGAUUGGGCUGAUCUGAUGGCCAAAGAAGGGCUGCAGAUGGUCAAUUUCGGGUUCUAA